AAGUCUAGAACUGCUGGAAAAAGGGUGCGGUUUUCUACAUUCUAAAAAUGGCUGGUAUCAGUGGUGUAAACUUAGAAGUUGUUUACCAGGACUUACUGGCUGAACAUAAAGCAAGCCAACAGCAACUACAUAGUAAGGAUGAGGCCCUGAAGAUAUUUCAGAAGCAGAUGAAAGAGUCAAAUCUUCACAAACAACACUUAGAGCAAGAGAUCAAACAGCUACACAGCCAAUUGGCUCGUGCUCAGAUGCUUGCCAGUGUUUCUCUCAUCCCAGGCCCUAACACAUUAAAUCCUUCAUCUCCUCUACCCAAUGAUUCACCUGUUAGACCAGGAACUGGGCCAUACGAUGCAGAAAGAGAAAAAUACAUUUUAGAACUAGAAGAAGCACAGGAGAAGAACGCAGAAUUUUCUCGGCAGAUUCAAUUACUUGAAGAUGAAAAAGAUGAGAUUGCUGAAGAGCGAGACUAUUAUUCAGGAAAGUGUUCAAGUCUUGUAAAGUGCCUUGAAGAGUUACGACUGGCAAAACCACCCUCCCAUUCCACUCUUAAUACGAUAAUGGAAGAGAACAGGCAGCUUCGACUGGAUCGGGUUGAAAUCCAAGCUGAGCGGGAUCAAGCAUUGAGUCGUAUUGAGCGCUAUAAAAGAGCUGUCGAGAGACGUAAAGCCAAAGAAGCAUGUGCUGAAAAAACCAUACAGUUUUCAGCAGGCAAGAAAAAUGAUGCACAGUUAUCUCUCCGGAGAAUCAGUGAAUUGGAAACUAUUGGAAACAGUCUUUCAGAGUCCGUUAAAGAAAAAACAAUAGCUCUUGCUCAUCAAAAAAGGGCUAAUAAAAUGUUAGCCUCUCGGAUCACUGAGCUAGAACAUAGGUUAAGAGUGUUGGAAAUCUCAGGCUUGUGGUCUGGUAAUGACCAACAAACACACUACGAAGCUGGGCCUUUGCUUAGCCCAGAUCAAAUGACUGACAACAGAAAAACUGUUAAUGUUGACGAGAACAAGCAAGUAGGUGAACAAAAGUCAAAUGAACUAGAUGAAACAAAUUUGGAUAAUCAGUAUAUUUCCGAGACAAGCCAAUGCAGUGAAGAUGAAAAUCAGUAUCAAAUUUAACACUAAAAAAAAUGUGCACAUCGAACUUAGUAUUAUUAGGUGCAGUACGUCAGUCGAAGUUUAUAGGGAAUGUUCACCUACAGUCAUGCAGUUCAUCAAUUAUUUGUAACGCACUUUUAUGACACGCGUGCUCAUGCAAUAACUAAUACUUGUGGCACAGUAACACUA